GCCCCGGUGCCAGGCUUGGCUGUUGCAGUGGUUGCUAAAGAGAGUGGGCGUGCAGCUUCCUCUAGGGUGAUCUGAUUUCUCUGGGAGCGUGGUGAAGGCACACUUAAGAGGAGCCGUACUCUGUGGAGCACAGACACAACCUCUGCACCAGCAGCAGUGCUGGGCAUGCACAGGACUGUUUGCUUUUGCUGGGGGUGAAACUAUUACCUUGUUCAUCCAUCCUGGGAAAACAUUGUCUGGCAACGAGGAGCAAAGGGAGCAAGUUUGGAGGGUGGCAGAGAGAGCGGGCACCGGUUGCUGCCAGCCAAACUCCAGCCCUCAGCAUGGUCCCUGUGGGGUGGUGACAGCGGCAGGGAGGGAGCACCAGCGCAGCAGCCACCUCCACGUGACUCCAUCCCUGCUCCCACUGGAGAGACCGGGCAGCUCCAUCGGACCUGGCCAUCAGUCCUGCAGGUGUGAGUGCAGUCGGGCAGGAGCAGAGCCAUGUCAUGGGGCACGGGGCAACACUUGUCCUCCGGGCUCUCCAAGGCCACGCUGCGGAAAUCAGCAUCAAUAUACACUGAAAUACAGCAGGAACAACCAGACAGUGGGAAUAUCCUGACUCACCCAGACUACAUAGAUGGAAACCCAGACCUCAUCAAACCUAAAAAGCUCCUAAAUCCUAUAAAAGCCUCAAAGAGCCACCAAGAGCUGCACAGAGAGCUGCUGAUGAACCACAAAAGAGGUUUGAGCAUGGAGAGUAAGCCAGAGCUGCAGCGGGUGCUCGAGCACCGACGGCGAAAUCAGCUUAUCAGAAAGAAGAAGGAAGAGGAAGAGGCAAAGAAAUUGCAGUGUCCUUUUGAAAAAGAGCUAUUAAAGAGGCACCAGAGGCUGGACCAGUUGGAGAAAGAGCAGGAGAAGCAGGAAGACCAUGCACCAGAAUUCAUUAAGGUCAAGGAAAACCUCAGAAGAACAUCUACGGUGACUGGGGAUGAGAAAGCAGCGUAGCUUCUGCCAAAACUCAACAGGGAUCCUGCCAAGGCAGGCGCUAACACACUCUGACAUCUCUGUACAUGGUGGACAUUCAGAGCCACAAUCCUGGGGCUACUUAUGGCUAUUAACACUUGCUCCAGUAGAAGGCACAAAAAGGUUUUCCCAGCCAGAAGGUAUCACUGUGGAAAAGGUGCAGUAUUCACUGAAGUACUAACACAAGGAGAUGCAGAGAGAAACAAUGUUGUUUCCCCUCAGAUUGUGGGUGCAUGCUAAUAUGCAGCUAACUCUUGGUUAACCCUAGAGUCACAGCAACUGUUUAAGCCAGGGAAGCCUGUGGAGGGAUGGUUUGGGGGAUCUCUGCUUCUUCCUCGAGGCAGGAUCCCCAGGCAUGAGGUGACAGGAGGGUGGCUGCAGGUUUGGAACCUCCUGGAAACCUGGUGUGAUAACUAAAAGUGACAAUCUGUGCAUUACUGAGAACAGCCCCGAUUACCGCAGUGGCUCUCCCCAGAGUCCCUGUCAAGCCUGGCUAAGGCUGUGUCCCAGCAGCACACCCAUACUAUUAGAAGAGUCAACCUCUGUGUGCCCACACCAAUGCAGCACAGGAGGUGCAACUGUUCCUCACCUUUAAACUGCAUCUCAAACCUGUUAGAAAAGAGAUAUUUAGGCAGUUUCACACUUGGGCAGGAAAUACAUCGGGCUAUACCAUCAGCAUCCCAAGUGGGAGGCAAAUGUUCUGUGCAGAAAGCAAAGGUUGGAUGUCUUCAGCAUAUGCGUACAUGGCAGUGUGUAGUGACCAGGCAGAAGAUCCCUGUGGAUGUAGCAGGCAGACAAGCUGCUUCUUACCCCUGAACUACUGAGCUCAAGCCCCUCACCCAGCGGCUGGACAUGAGCUACCAUAGGAACCCAUAAAAACACAUCCUGUGAUGGAGAGGUGCUACUGAUUGCAUUAGGUACUGAUGCAAAACUGUCAGUGCUUCUUAUCCCCUUUUCCAGAGGUCAGAGUUGCCUCAUUUCAGUUGCCACCUUACAAAGCUAAAAAUCUCUCUACUGGUGUGGCAAAGCUGAGACAGGUUGCUCAAAACCAGGUUGGAUGGGGCUUGGAACAAUCUGCUCUAGUGGAAGGUGUUGGAUGAGCUUUAAGGUCCCUUCCCAUCCAAACCAGUCUGUGGUUCCAUGAGAUAGAGGGUGCAUUUGCGCCAUGUAUGGAAAGAGCCUGUCACAGUGAUGCCCUGAGGUGUCCACAUCUAGAACUAAAAUUGCACCUUCAGGAUUUCUCAUCUUCUUACUUUUCACAUCAGCCCUGACUCAAAGCCUAAACAGCGUAACUUACCAACUGCCUUUAAACUGGCUCUUGGAUGGCAAGCCUCAGUGGACUUAGCUGGGAAGGUAAUACCUGGUUAAACGAUAUUUACACAUCUUCAGUGUAUCCACAAGUAAAUUAAGGGAAACUGGGCAUUUACCAUAUAUUUAUUAAAACAUUAUUAAUCCAUUCCCUAAUCUCCCUGGUCCAGUGGGGUGUUUCAUUUCAGAGGGAUGUUGCUCAACCUGUUCAGCUUGAGUAAAAUACCUCAGCCACAUCAUGUGUUGAGAGCAGUGAUAGAGGUAUGGGGCUUCUGCAGCUGUAAGAGCCCUUAGCUCAUUUUCAGUCCUGGAGAGCCCCAUCUCACUGCACUGUCUCUAAGGUAGGUUUUAAGCCCCUUUCUCAUCAUCCAGUGCACAUGGUCACUAUGGGGUCAAACAAGAUCUAAAAGGAUCUAUGAUGUCCUUUCUAACUCUGAAGCUUUUCUUAUAGGUUAUAAUUAAAACCAUGUGGAAGAAUCAGCAUCAACCAUUUUUUCAGGGGCAGAAAGAAGGCCAAAUUUCUCCAAGAAAAAAGUGUGUUGCUAAGGAUGCUUGUCCACAGCUGUAAAGAAUGCUGCAUGAUGCUCCACAGAUAACACUGGUUUAAAUCACAAGCCUACCAUGCUGGGGUUUUGUGAGGGGUUACAGCAGAGAUAAAGUAACCUUGAUCAAAGAGCUCAAAAAAAUUCAGCAAAUUAAUGUGUAAUUUUGCCACCUAUGGAAAUGCACUGCAGGAGAGGCAAUCUAUCACUCCAUGUGCACCAGUGAAAUCAGUGUCAUCAGCUCACCCGGGCUGGGAUGGGGGAGUUUAUGCAAGUCUUUGGGUGGAAGCCAUCCAGUAACCGUAGGCUGAAUGCUGAGAUCAGCACUGACACAGUUGGAAACAUUUUGCUGUGAUGUUCUUGAGUAUAAAAACAUUAUCUGGAAAUAUUAACAAUAAUCAAGGUGCCUCCCUACAAUGUGGUGUGCACCAAGCACGGAGUGGGGCUGCACUCCAGUGCAGUCAGUCAUUGCUAAGGGGUGUUUGGGUCAUUUUCAGUGUAUGUUCAGAAGGGAAACGGAGGACUAGGUCACACUGUCCUAACGCAGACCGAGCUAAUAGAGCCACAAGAAUUCCUUACAGCAGUGGAGAGACAGCAGAAAGCCCUGACCCUGAGCUCACCAGGACCCUGCAGGCUGUGAGCUGGGACCCAGCCAUACGUCCACACACUUGACCAACCCACCAAACCAGCACUGGCAGCUCCCAUGGGGCCAGGGCAGGCUGUGGCAGCCCCAUGGCACACAGCGGGACAUACUGUGCUUCAUCACUGGCUUCAGCCCCCCGUAACAGCACAUGGGAAAUGACACUUUUACUGCUCAGGCAUCUUCCAACACAGCUUUUCCACCCCUGUGAACUGGGAACCACCUGGGCUCAGACAAGAGCUUGUACAACCUUCGGCCAUGCUCUUGUGCUUCAUGGCAGCAUGGAGGUGGUAUCAUCUGUGUAGGCAUCACCAGGAAGAUUUUGGGGUAUCUGUGUUUGUUUUUCUUUUAAAUGAAUUCUUCCCUAUGUCCCUGAAACACAUUCCUGAAUAAAUGUGGUGUAUCCAGAAGAUACAGAUUAUCAGAGUAUUGAUGGAAGACAAUUUUUUGCACUGUGUAUGUUGCCUAUGUGGUACAUAGUCUAUUUUCUGUGUUGGUGUUGGUGUUAUACAGUUAUAUAAAAUUAUAUGUCAUACAACUCAACUGACACUGUUUAAUGUGGGCACUUGUGAAGAAAUAAACUAAAUGGUGACUGUAUAUUUUGCUCUCUUCCACAAGAAACUGAAGAAGCUCUGAGGAUGCAAGCAGACAACAGCCAAAUAAACUGAACAUAAAGAUCA